GAGAAAGAAAAGAGUAGCAGAAAAGAAAGAAAAGCACAACGUGAGUUGAAAAACUAACUUGAGGAAGAAGAACAACAAAAACAGUGAAAGUAGGUUUCGUGAGAAGCGAAAAUCCAAAAUCAAAAUCAAAAUCCAAAAUGUUUAGAAAUCAAUACGACACAGACGUAACAACAUGGAGUCCAGCAGGAAGAUUAUUCCAAGUCGAAUACGCUAUGGAAGCAGUGAAACAAGGUUCAGCCGCAAUAGGUCUCCGAUCCAAAACUCACGUGGUUCUCGCGUGCGUUAACAAAGCUAAUUCCGAACUCUCUUCUCAUCAGAAGAAGAUCUUUAAGGUUGAUGAUCAUAUCGGAGUUGCCAUCGCCGGUCUCACCGCCGACGGCCGUGUACUUUCUCGUUACAUGCGAUCUGAAUGUAUUAAUUAUAAUUAUACUUAUGAAUCGCCGCUUCCUGUUGGUCGUCUCGUUGUUCAGCUCGCCGAUAAGGCUCAGGUUUGCACCCAGCGAUCAUGGAAGCGUCCUUAUGGGGUUGGUCUUCUGGUAGCUGGAUUAGAUGAAUCAGGAGCCCAUCUCUAUUACAACUGUCCAAGCGGAAACUAUUUUGAAUAUCAGGCUUUUGCCAUUGGUUCUCGUUCACAAGCUGCAAAGACAUAUUUGGAACGCAGGUUUGACAACUUCACGGCCUCCUCCCGGGAAGAUCUGAUCAAAGAUGCACUCAUUGCGACUAGAGAGUCCUUGCAGGGGGAAAAGCUCAGGAGCUCUGUAUGCACCAUUGCUGUUGUUGGAGUUGGUGAGCCAUUCCACAUUUUGGAUCAGGAAACUGUUCAACAGUUAAUAGAUACUUUCGAGAUUGUGAAGGAGGAUGAACCUGCAACUGUUGAAGAACCUCAGCCAGAAACUGAACAGGAUGCUGCCACAGAUCAGGGUGCUGGUGCAGAUCAAGGUGGUGCUGAAAACCAAGGUGGAGCAGAAAACCAAGGCGGUUCUCCGAUGGACAUUUGAUAAUUUAAGAUCCAGUAAUUGAGAUGUUAAAAAUUGGUCUUUAAAUAUGAAUAGGUUUCAUGUUGAGUGUGUCAUGGGGGAGGAUAUCUCUUUGAUGGAUUUUCUUUGCUUAAUCUUGUUUGUUUCUGCAAUUCAUCCAUGGCUUAUCAUUGUGAAUGUUUUAGUAGCUGUAUUUGAUGUUCUUGAACGCACUAUUUACAAUAUUCUCUAAGAUACAAUUUAAUGAAAUUCAACGAAAAAAAUGUUGGGUACA